UAUUCCUUCAGACAAAAUCCUUAUUUUCCAGCACAGCUAGAUUCAUUUGCCUCAGUCUACCCAUCCCAGCACAUUCCAUACCAAACACCUGAUAUCACAUCAUUCUUGAUGUCUGAUGCUCGCCAACACAACACAGAAAUUCUGCUGGCUAUUGAAAAGCUGGCACGCAGGGUGGACCAGCUGAGCUGCAAGGUGGAUGAGCUGCAAAAAGAGGGUCACCUCUCUUUCAGACUCUCCUCUGUGUCCUUAGAGACAAACAUGAUCCUACACAACAUUCAGAGAAUCAUUCAGGUUCAUUUGUCGGGAGAAUUGGGUUCCUCCGCCACACAAGCACAUCAGCUGCAGCAGGAGGUGCUCAAUCUCCAGCAGAAGGCAGAGAAGCAGAAGUGCAAACAGAUGGAGGACAUCAUACAAAACACGGAUGAGGAGAUGCAAGAUCUGAGGGCUGAAAAGGAGAAUCUGGAUCAGGUGAAGCGAUUGCUGAAUGGAGUGUUUCAGUCUCUCGGGACAGAGUUUGAUUCACAGGAAUCUUACAGCGGACACACGGUGCUUGAGAUUCUCCAAAACACCAUCAAGAGUAUCACCGUGAAACUUCUCUCAGAACCUUGGGAGCUUGAAUCAGGCAUAGAUGAAGAUAAAGUAGAGGAAGAGUACUUGUCAACUGAGGAGUGUCUGCAAAUCAAAAACAUGAAGAAGGAAAACAAUGAAAUAGUGGGAAAAGGCCAACAUUAAAAAGGAAGCAUUUAUGCUGUAGAUCAGAACACCUGCAUAUUGCAGUCUGUUCUACCAUAAGCAUUGGUUCACAUACUGAGAUCCUGAAAGGGGAAUUGCUACUGUCCAAUCACAGUUAAGAAGGCUAAUUAAUGUCCAAUCAGUGGACAGCUGAUCCUUUCCCAGUGUUUCAAAGCAGGCAGUUCUUCAGUCAUUGAACUGGAAGAACCCUGAUCCAUAACAACAGUGUCCUGACUACGACACAACUGGAUAUAACUAACAAGGUUGUAAGUCAAGUUAACUAGAUACACAUAAAUGUAAUCUUUACUUGAGUUUGUCUUUGAGAACAUUAUUUAAUAUACUAUUUAGGGUUUAGUUAUAAUUAUAAAAGAUUGCAAAAGACUAA